UUUGUUAGAAAAUAAAUAUAAAGGAAUAAAAAAGGGAAAAAAUAGAAAAGAGAGAUAUAACCAAGAGAGAAACAUUCUUCCACUUUACUUCCCUACUGCUCGCAACUUCCAAAGCGAAUCUCUCCAUUGUUUCGAUCUGUAAUUCUUCUUCUUCCAGAGCUCCAAAAUCCCCCAAAGAUCUGUAAUUAACCCUCAAAAAAGCCACAAAAAUGGAAGAUUUAGACACCCAAAUGGUCAAAUUGUUCAAUCAAAAGUAGAAAUGAAUAGACAAAUUGGGUGAAAAAAAAAUGAGAAGAACCAAUAGAAAGUGCAGGCUUUGGUGGCCAACCCAUUUGUCUUGUUUAAAUCAAUUGAGUAAUUUGCAUUCCUAUGCUUUCUUGUUUGGUUGGUUUAUCUCUUCAUCUGAUGCUUCUUUCGACAUUGUUGUGGCUUUCGCUUGCGAUGAGUUUGCACUUCUUUCCAUGACGACCCAUAUGAAUCUUGAGAGGGUUCUUCAAGGCAUAAACAGAAAGACGCCUAUGCUUCUACAAGACAAAAGCAAGUUAUCUCUGCUAGGUUAUUAUGCAGCAGAUUUCAGAAGCAAUGGGCAGUUGCUAUUGGUCAGAGGCAAAGGGAAAAAACAUAUCAACUCUACUAGUAAGAGGACAUGUGUGUGUGCUGAACAACAUGCACCUGAAGGGAAACGUGGAAGAUGGAGAUGUGGAUGUCACAAAUUGGAUGCGAUACUAGAGCAGUGUAGGGCAUUCUCUUUAAAGGAUAACAUUUGGGCACAGAUUGUAUGUGAUAAUUCUCAAGCUGUUAGCAGAAAAGUAGAGUUAAUACCAAAAGUGCAUCAUAUACAUAGGAAUGGAGAAGCCAUAUUCCAAUUAGAUGUCCACGUAGUGUUUUAUGGAAUUCCUGUGUUUGGUGGCCACCAUUACUCAUUGGGUUUCAAGAGUUCAUCUGAGCAAGUGACAAACCAUUGCAAGAAGCCUGAAUGGGUUAAGGAUCUUAACAGGAAGCAGCCAUAUCUUGACUUGGAUGCUGUAAUUCUAUCUAUCAACACUGCUAAUGCCGCUAAAGUCUUUACAGAAGCAAAUAAUUCCGCCAAAAGAUCCAGGGCUCCCUUCCAUUUCUUUUGCAUGUUUUCUAUUUUGACAUGGCAACUGCUUGCUGUAUUGCUUGCAUCAUUCUCAACUAUCUUCUACGUCAUCCUUCAGUUCUUCCAUGCCUGCUUGAUCCAUGUGUCCCACUCGUAUAUCUAUGCUGCAUUGGAGAAGGUAUUCUCCAAUACAUGCAAAAAUAUGGAAAUUCGAUGCUGCCAGCUCCUCUAUUGGCCGGUUAUUCUCAAAGAUUAUGGUCUCAGGUCUCAAUCCUGUGUGGAGUAUGCUGAGAAAGCGGCAUUUCACAAACAUUCCAUGUGGGCAAGCCUUGUAGUUGAUCUACUUCUGGGGAACUUUCUUGGCAUCAUAUUGUGGUCUCAAGCUAGAGCAGUUUGUGUGUGGGUUUCAAGUUUUUCUGAAAAUGCCACUAACUAUCUUCUGCGUACUGGUUGUGUGUGGCUUAUGGGAAACCCAGCGGGAUUCAAGUUGAACACUGAACUAGCCGGAGUUCUUGGGACGAUUUCCCUGAUUGCUAUUCAAAUUUGGUCUACCCUUUGGUGGUUAUUGGGUUUCUUCUUGAUUCAUCUCAUAAAAGUAGUAGCUGUAUUUGGUUCAUUGUUUGGUCUGACAGCAGCAGCUGCGCUGAUCAUCGACACAAUUUCACUAGCAACUACACAUGUUUCUACUCUUCAGUGGUUGCUUACACUGUUUUAUUCGUGGCAAAUACAGGCAGUAGAUGCUUUAUGGCGACUUUUCAGGGGUAGGAAGUGGAAUCCUCUUCGUCAGAGACUAGAUAGCUAUGCAUUCAGUGUGGAACAACAUGUUGUUGGGUCUCUCCUAUUUACUCCACUUUUACUUCUGCUCCCGACCACUUCAUUGUUCUAUAUUUUCUUCACCAUUAUGAAGACAACCAUUAGCUUUGUUUGCAUAGCCAUUCAGUUUGGCAUAUCUAUAAUUCAUGCCACACCUUAUAUUGAGAUUUUCUUUUGGGUCAUGAGGAGGAAACGAUUUCCUAGUGGAUUAUGGUUUGAGAUUGUUUUGUGUCAGGGAAAUGCCACUAAUUCAGCAGAGGUUGAAUCUGCUGAUAAGACUGCAUCAGGAUCUGAGAAUCCUCACCGCUGUAAAUCAGCAGUUCUGGUUUCAUUUCUUCACAGCAAUUUUUUGAGCUUAAGACAAGUAGUUUGGCCACACUAUAGAAAUGUUUUUUCAGAUGUAUCUAGAUCUUCUAUUGCAUUGUCAGCUUAUGGAGUUCUGACAGGGAAAAGAACUCCAUCUGCUCCAAAGAUUGGUCUUCCUCCUACGCUGCCAUGGGUGUCUAUUCCAUACAAAGAAUACUGGUGCCUUUGCCAUGAAGCAGUCCUCGAUUGCAGGCAAGAUUGCUACUGCCAAUUGCACCAAUAGUUGUCAAAAAAGUGAGGACAACAGAAGACAGAAUUCUUUAGCUUGCUAUGUUUCACACUGCCAUUCCAUACGCGUAUUCCUUUCAUUAUUCUCAGUGUCAGGAAAUUGUUUCAUAAAAUUUUGUACACGUGAGGGCGAAAGGUAGUCUGGAAGAGUAAGCUAUUUGUGUAUAGUUAGAAGGAUUUGUGUUUUUUGGCCAUCUUCUAUCCAUGAUGCAGCAAUUUUGUUUUGUUAUAGGACUGAAUAUUUAUGAAUGGUGUAAUGUUCUUUUCCUU